AUGGCAACACCAGCACUGGCUUCAAUGGUGCAGUCAGAGCAGCAACAAGGUGAGGGAGAAGCUGUUCCGAGCACUACUGGUUCUAGCGCAUGGAAGUCUUCAGGAUCUGUUGGUCCAUUUUUUGCUGUGAUGUCUGUGCUUGUAAUUCUGGCUGUUCUUUCUUGCUAUUUGGGUCGCAAGUGGAAUCGAAGACCGAAAACACCAUUGGAGAGUAUCAGAGGGAGAGGGUUUUCUGGGUGGCUAAAGCGUGUGUGCAGGGAACGCAUUGGCAAUGAUAUCGAAGUUGGGGGUGUUGGGGCCAAGGUCAUGGUUUGUGAUGAUGACCUUGAGGAAAUUCAUCAUUGUACAAAUGGUGAAGUUGAUCACCAAAACACAACUUAA